GUUCAAAGAAUCGACUCAUGACUCUUUGGGGUACAGCGAGUGUUUUUGCAGCUGAGUCAGGAGUAUUCGACGCUAGAUGAACAGAGCAGUUCAGUGAGAGGAACUGCAGAAAAAAAACAUAAAAAGUUGAGUGUUUUUAGUGAAUUUUAGUGAAAGAAGGUGUUGCUGGUGGUCAGAAUGUAGGAGAAGAAGCCGGCGCGUGUCCCUGUGCGCUGUCAGCCGCGCGCGCAUCCUCUCUCCUCGCGCUUCAGCCAGAAAGCGCGCGUGACGCCUGCUGAGGCGGAAUGACCAGAGCCGGAAGUGUCUCUCUGUUUUUCAAGUUUCUUUUAACAGCACGACAGACGAAAAGGUCUGGAGAGUCUCGAAAAUGGCUAAAAAGGGUCUAAAAUGGCUCACUGACCGAACUACCAGUCUGUCGCCUUGUUACAAGGCGAAGGAAACCAAACGCAGGCUGUAGACUCCAAAUCACGUCAAGCGCGAACACACAGAGCUCUGACUCUUCUUCUGAAGAGGACUCUGCAUUCUCCCAAUCAUCCUCCAUGAUGCGGUUGUGGAUCAGCAUCAUAGGCAGACGGCGCUGCAUCACUGUUAUGAAGCAAGCCGGUUUUCAUGAUGCAGAAGAAUGGAAAUCCUAGACAAGGAGAAGGAAGCCGACUGGUUUAAAGUUGCUCCUGAUUUGCUACCAUCUUGACCAUCAUGGUGGUCUGCAACAUCAGUUCAGGAUGUGGUCUACCAGAACAUCACACACUCAAAUAUGUAACAAAUGUCACUGGGCUUCAGGAAACCACAAACUCUCCUUUACCCAUCAGCCUGAAGGUCGUGCUGUCUGUUGUAAUGGUGGUCAUCAUCGCCAUCGGUUUUCUCGGAAAUGCCAUCGUCUGCCUGAUAGUUUAUCAAAAGCCGGCGAUGCGUUCUGCCAUCAAUCUCUUACUAGCCACACUGGCUUUCAGCGACAUCAUGCUCUCACUCUUCUGCAUGCCUGUGACUGCUGUUACCGUGGUGUCCGAUGACUGGCGUUUCGGAAUGGACUUUUGCCGCAUCACGCUCGUGCUCUAUUGGCUCUUUGUUCUGGAAGGCGUGUCUAUCCUGCUGAUCAUCAGCGUGGACCGCUUUCUCAUCAUCGUGCAGCGGCAAGACAAGCUGACGCCGAGUCGUGCUCGCCUGCUCAUCGCCGGUUCCUGGUUGCUCUCCUUCUGCUUGGCAUUGCCUGCUGCUGGCAGCGUGCCAACUCUUAAAGCUUCACGCUGCGUUUUGGGCUACAUCGAGUCCCCUAACCGCGGCUACACACUGCUGCUGGUCAAUGCUGUCUUUUUCGUGCCUGUGAGCGUCAUGCUGGUCUCCUAUUUGCGCAUCCUAAACACAGUGCGCCGCAACGCCUUGCGUGUCCACAACCACACCUUUCCCAGUCCUGAACAUGGAGGGAAAGUGAGUUUGCCGGUUCUACGGCGCCCCCCGCAGCUCAGCGUGGACAUGAGCUUCAAGACGCGGGCCUUCACCACAAUCCUUAUCCUUUUUGUUGGCUUUUCUGUGUGCUGGCUGCCCCACACAGCGCUCGGCCUCUUGGCUGCUUUCAAUCACAAGUUCUACACGAGUAACGUGUUUUACGCAGCAAGCGUGGGGGCGCUGUGGCUCAGCUACAUGAAGGCUGUGUUUAACCCUGUGGUGUACUGCUGGAGGAUCCGCAAGUUCCGUGAGGCCUGUGAUGAAUUUGUGCCCAGGAGCUUUAGGAUGCCCAGGCUGAGGGCACGAGGUGGGCCCAGGGUUCGUCCCUGCAGCAUCUACGUCUGUGCUGAGAGCCAGUCAGCCAUGUGACACUUUGCCAGACAUGAUGUUACUUGGACUUUUAGUAAUACGCAAUCAUUCAUUCAUCUUCGGUAACCUCUUUAUCCUGGACAGGGUAACAGUGGAUCUGCAUACACCCUGGUUGGGACACCAGUCCACUGCCGUGCACCAUUUGCACACACAUUCACACUCAUCCACACCUAGGGGCAAUUUAUCUUAGCCAGUCGACCUACCAACACGUCACUGGGAGGUGGGAGGAAGCUCACACAGACACAGGAAGAACAGUGUAACAGACAUAACUCGAACUCAGGAUUGAACCAGGGAUUUAUUUAAAUUUAUUUAUUUGUUAUUUUUUUUAAUAGAAACAGCUUAACAGCUCAUAUUAGAAGCAUCUGGUUCUGUGUAGCAGUGAGGCGCUACACGCAACCAGCUGUUUCUAUAUAAAAAUAAAUAAAUAAAUAAAUAAGUUGCUUGAAAUUCACCUCUGACCAGGUCUGGGUUACCCAAAAGUAUCACAAUGCAAAGGUCAUGAUUUUCAUUUCAGACUUUUUUAAUAUAUAAUAUUUGACUUAGAAUUUUCCAUCUGGACUUCUAUUUUUUCCAGUUUGGAUUAUAUUUAUACCAAAUUUACAGGUGGGUAAUAUCACAAAAAUAUCACACUGCGAUAACUAAAGAUGUAAUGACGACAUCUUGGUUUUGUAAUUUGCUAAAUAAUUAUAUUUCAUGAUAAAGCACCGACAAAACAAUGGAGCCACUUUAUGAAAAACUAUACAGUUAAGUGCAAAAUGAAGAAGAAAUGAAGAUAUUUAAUGUAUAGUAUCAAUAUAUUGAGCGUAUCAGUUCAAAGGUUUACAUAUCCCUUUUAAGGGUGAUAUAUUUCCUCAUUAUAUAGAAUUAUACUAUUAUACAAGUAUAUAUAUAUACACUUGUAUACCCUUUGCCUUUAACUAACACCAAUCAUACUACACCUCAGUGUAAUAUGUGGCUCUGCAUAGCCCAACAUCUUGCACAUGUUUAUUGACCUUCUUGACCUUGAUAUUUUAUAUCUCUGCUGGACGCACACACUGCCUACAUCAGGUCUGGAGACUGAGAGGCAUGGCACAACCUCCAGAAUAGUUUUGCCUUGUGUUUUGGUUUGCCAUUUUCUUUAACAUUGCACUCAGUUCAAUUUUUUUUACACUUUGGAAAUCAGUGUUUUAAAGACAAAUUAUAAAUAGAGGUACUUUUUCUAUUUAGAAACCAUAGUUUCAUACUUCGCCUUCAACUGUAAGUUUAGAGAUAAUACUUAACAAGGAAACAGACAGAAAUGCAUAUACACCUGAUGAUACCGAUGAUACUCAGGAUGUUAAUAUAUAGUGAUAUUGAGAUCAUUACCUCUUAUCGUUCAGCCCUAACCCCACACACACACCUUCAGGUGGGUACAGAUGUAAUCUGAAGUAUUUUGGCCUGCUGAUAAAACUGAGCCUUAAAUGUCUGAGCCUUAAAUGCUCUCAUUAAAGGAAAAAUCCACCCUGAAUGACUUUAAUCAUUAAUCUUUCUAAUUAACCUGUAAUCUUCAGUGUGAUUUCACUUGUAAUGGAAUUCUGAGUUGACAUUUUUAACUUAAACAUCUUUCAUUGACAUGAUGUUCUGUUUUCAUGUUGCGAUGUAGCCGCGCUUUAGUCCUUUAUACUAUCCAGCUCUCUGACCUCCUCAUCUGUACACUCUGUUCAAACAGAUAAGGUUCAAAAGUUACAACGCUCAAGAUAACACCGCCGUCAGUGCCACCAUGCUCGUCAUCUUGUAGCUCGCUAACUGGCUGAGCCAAGUCUGUGCCGUAAUUCAGUGCAACUCCAUUACUGCCACACUGGAUUUCUCAUUAAUAUGACAUUGCACAUUGAAACAUGCUUGAAAAUGGUGAGUGAGAAAAGAAGCUCUUGCUUUUUUUGUUUUCAGGAGCUAACAGCGAAACCUGAUGGCUUUCAAUUGCAUAUGAGAUUUCUUUCCCCCCUCCUAUUAAACAUCAUUAUAACUGUGCUAGCAGUUACAAUGCAGUUAUGUCCCCCCUAUGACAUCACAGCAGCACACAACUUCUGACCUCUCAUGGAAAUAACGAAAAUACAUCAGCAACAUGGCUAAAGACAUCACAACAAUUGCACUAUAAGAACAUUUAAUGUGUUUCAGGGUGGAGUUUUC